AUGCCUACUGGAUACCGCAUCGAGAUCUCGCCUAACGCGCGUGCGACCUGCAAGAAUUCUGAAUGCAAGAAUGCCGGUGUGAAGAUCCAAAAGGGUGAAGUUCGCUUCGCCACCAUGAUCACCAUCAACGAGCACAAUUCCUGGACUUACAAGCAUUGGGGCUGCGUCACUCCCAAGAUCAUCGGUAACGUGAAGGAUUACAUCGACGGCGACAUGAGCAUGCUCGACGGCUUUGAGGAAUUGCCCGAGGACCUUCAGGUUGAGGUUGAGAAGGCCUUUGAGCAGGGCCAUGUUGACGAUAUGGACUGGAAGGGAGAUGUUGAAAAGAAUCGCCCUGGCCAGAACGGAUUCCGCCUUACUAAGGCCGAUAAGAAGAGGCUGGGAAUCGACGAGGAUGAGGACGGCACUAAGAAGAAGUCAAAGAAGCGUGCUCACAAGGAGGAGGAGGAAGACGAAGAAGAGGCUCCAGCCCCGAAGAAGGCGAGAGGCAAGAAGAAUAUCAAGGUCAAGAACGAAGAACAGGAUGAAGAAGAAGAAGAGGCGCCAGCCCCGAAGAAGGCCAGAGGAAAGAAGGCCAAACAAGUCAAGGCCGAAGAGGCCGACUCCAAGGAGAACGAAAUUGUUGCGGAUGAGGAGGACGAAGCGCCAGCUCCCAAGAAGGCCAGAGGCAAGAAGGCCAAGCAAGUCAAGGCUGAAGAGGCUGAUGCCAAGGAGAACGAGAUUGCUGAGGAUGAGGAUGGUGAGGAGCCUGCUCCUGUCCCUGCUAAGGCUAAGAAAUCUCGUUCGAGGAAGGUUAAGGCGGAAGAUGAGGACGAGCCUGCGCCCGCUCCCAAGCAGAGGAAGUCCAAGGCCAAGACCAAGGUUGUCGUUGAUGAUGACGAGGCCGACGAGGCCGACGAGGCUGAGGAGGCUCCGCAGGCAAAGAAGCCUACUCAGAAGCGCGGCGGCAGGAAGGCUAAGGCUUAA